AAGGUGUCGAAAACUCCUGGUGGUCGAUUAGUAUAUUUGUAUCGUAAAAAACAAGGGAAAGUGCCACGAUGUGGAGAUACCGGAGUGAAACUUAAGGGCAUCAAACCAGCACGUCCUCGUCAAUUAUCAAAAAUGACAAGACGUUUAAAAAAAGUAACUCGUGCUUAUGGAGGUUGUUUAUCUGCAGCUGCUGUAAAAGAACGAAUUAUUCGCGCAUUUCUCAUUGAAGAACAGAAAAUUGUAGCUCGUGUAUUGAAAGCAACGAAAAAUAUUGAAACAAAAAAAUAA